AUAUCUCGAUUACUAGCUUAGAAUAAAGUUGAUGUAUGUAUUAUUUUUAUGGCGGUUUGGGUUGCGACAAUAAACAUUUGAGCUAUUUUUUUUAAAUAAAGGAACAUGGAGGAGGGAGAAAGCAAUCGUCAAGAGGGAAGGUAGUAAUCGUGGAGGGAGGGGGACAACUUUUAUGGGCAGUUCCCAGCCCAGCGCUAUAGUAAAUGAACUUCUGCAUCAUCAUUUCAGCAACGUCUUUUUGAAAGACAGGAAGCUAGGAAUCGAACUAACAUAACAAGUCUGUUUUCGGUAGUAAGUAAAAGCACAAAAGAAUGGCGUGUAAAACAAGGGAAUGUUGUUGGGACUCCGAGCACUCUAUGCAGCCAUUUACUGCUGUACAAAGUGGGUGGUGAAUAUUUAUCUUUUACUGGAGUCUUUUCAUCCAGUGUACGACGCAAAGGGAAGAGGGACCCAGAGUGGAUGCUGUCGCUUGGGAGGAGGAGCAGAGAAGUAGUGACACUAGGACAGACACCUUUUCAGCUUACCAACAGUAUCUGAAAUUGGAGGGCCGUGAGAUAUAGAAGAAAUCAUGGCAAGCCGAUUACUUCAAAAUGAGUACUGUAAACUAUAUGCCUACUUGGGAUUUAGCUGCUGACCCCAUGGUGUCCUGUAAGCUCUGUCUCGGCGAAUAUCCACAGGACCAGAUGACAACAUUAACACAGUGCCACUGUGUCUUCUGCAAACUGUGCUUGAAGCGGUAUGUGGAGUUACUAAUCAACGAAGGUCAAGAAACUACCAUUAGCUGUCCAGAUUCCUCUUGUUUAAGACGAGGACAUAUACAGGAAAAUGAGAUUGAAUGCCUGGUUGCAGCAGAUAUUAUGCAAAAGUACAGGAAACUACAGUUUGAAAAAGAAGUUCUUCUGGAUCCAUGCCGGACAUGGUGUCCUUCCUCGUCUUGUCAGGCUGUGUGUCAACUGCAGAAAUUGGAGCCCCCAAAUACCCAGAUAGUGCACUGUAAUUCCUGCAGUUUGGAUUUUUGUUCUGCAUGCAAAGCUAGUUGGCACCCAGGUCAGGGCUGCCAGGAGUCUGUUUCUAUCGCAUCUUUCCUUCAUGGAGAAAAUAGUUCAUACUUUAAAAAUGAAGACGAUGAUGCUCCAAUUAAACGCUGUCCAAAGUGUAAAGUUUAUAUCGAACGAGAUGAAGGCUGUGCACAGAUGAUUUGUAAAAACUGCAAACAUGCAUUUUGCUGGCACUGCUUGGAAUCCCUUGAUGAUGACUUUCUUCUAGUACACUAUGAUAAAGGACCUUGCAGAAACAAACUGGGUCACUCAAGGGCAUCUGUUAUAUGGCAUAGGACUCAGGUUGUUGGAAUUUUUGCAGGGUUUGGCUUGCUGCUGUUAGUGGCUUCACCUUUUCUUCUUCUUCUGACACCAUUUGUUCUAUGUUGCAAGCACAAAUGUAACAAAGGGGAUGAUGAUCCUUUACCUACUUAAAACAGCAAGAUCCAGGGCACAAGAUUUCAUUCAGGAGCACCUCUUUCUGGAACCUCACAGUGAAGUUAAAGCCUUAUUUGAAGAUCUCUGCUUAUCAUUACCAAAUAUAAUACUCUGCUUCCCUCAAACACCGAAUAUUGAAGUUUUUUCUCCCUAGAGCUGGAAUGUUGGAAAAGUGGUGGAAAGCUGGAUUGAGCAUCACAAGAUCAUACAUUGCAGAUACAAAAAUGGAUUUAAUCCCAUAAUUAAAGCCAAGACUAUGCUGAUGUGUACAUUUACGUGUGCAAGCUGUGGCCUUGCAGACAUUGCAUAAACUCUGGAAACUAAAAUACUUUUUUCAGACUAAAAAUGUUGUUAAACCGAUUCCAUUUGUUUUGUCUAAUUCUUUCUCCAGUACAUUAAAAAAACUGUAGACCCUUACUGGUGUUACCUGUAGUAUACUGAACUGCACAUUACCUUAAUUUUCUGAUAUACUAAUUUCUGAGAUUUGAUAUUGUUUUUAGCACAAUAUUGUUUACAGCUUUUAUUUCAUGAUAUCUUAAAAAUACUUUUUGCUACUGGCAGUUUUUAAGAUGGUAUAUUUAUACCUAAAUACAUUUUUUAUGCUGACAUUUCAGUAAUUUAACACUUGUCUUACAUUCUCUUUCUUUUGAAUUGUACAUGAAGGACCAAAUUUCUUAAGAACUUCUUGUUUAAAAAUGGUCAGUUUCCGAAAUCCUGAUUAAAAUGUUGUUUUUUUCAAACUGGAGGUGGAAGAUGGGGGUUGCACUUGGACAUAUCUGUGGGAGUAUUCCUAUAAACAAAAACCUUUUAAGACAAA